CAGCGCAGCCGCGCGGAGUGAUCUGGCGGAGGGACUACACCCCGCUCGCGCUGCCCGAAUGUUACUCGGCGCCGCCGCGCAGCGCGAGCUCAGAUCCGAGCGGGGCACGAGACGGAGCGCCGGGCUGUGGCUGCCGCUGGAGACACGCUUUCGACUUCAGACAUCCUCCCCCCCAGUCCUGCGGCUCCUUCUUCUCCUCCUCCUCCUCCUCCUCCUCUUCUUCCAAACGCACCCGACACCGCAGCGAGGCGUCCAAACGCGGCCAGAUCCCCCCUCAGCAGCAGCAGCAGAAGACAGCAUCCUUCCCCGGCUGGGUUCUCUCUUCCCCCCUUACCUCCCGGCUCCCUCCUCCCCCAGCGCCCGUCUUCUUCCAGCGCUCCUGCCGUCUUUAACCGCCGGUCGUGUUCCAGAGGGGGAGAGAUCGAGAGAGAGAGAGACGCAAGCAUGUCCUGGCAGAGCUACGUGGAUAAUUUGAUGGCUGACGGCAGCUGCCAGGACUCCGCCAUCGUCGGUUACACGGACGCCAAGUACGUCUGGGCCGCGUCGGCCGGCGGGACUUUCCACAGCAUGACGCCCCAAGAAAUUGAUGUGAUAGUUGGAAAAGACCGAGAGGGUUUCUUCACCAGCGGUCUGACCUUAGGUUCAAAGAAGUGCUCUGUGAUCAGAGACAGUCUUCAUGUUGAAGGGGACUGGACAAUGGACAUCAGGACAAAGAGUCAAGGUGGAGAGCCAACAUAUAAUGUUUCUGUAGGCAGAGCCGGAAAAGCAUUGGUUUUAGUCAUGGGAAAGGAAGGUAUCCAUGGAGGGCAGCUCAACAAGAAAGCAUUUACCAUGGCUGAAUACCUGAGGAAGUCUGGAUAUUAAGCAGCCUGUCCCCACCCAUCUAGCAGCUCAUUUUCAUCACUGUUGCGUUGGCAGUGCUACCCUGCUGUAGGCGGUAGUUGCUUUUUUUUUCCCCUCCCAUUUUGUUUUUUGACUCCCCUUCACUCUAAUAUCCUCGACUCUCCACCUCCCUUCACUUGUAUGCAUUAACACUGUGUAACCAAUCCCAUUCUGGCACUACUGUUCCCACCAUAGUUAACACACGCAUGUUAUUACUGUGACAUCGCAAAAAAAAAACCACCCAAAAAAAAACAAAAAAAAGAGAAAAAACUUAAAAGGAAAAAAAACUGGGCCGAUUUAUGUUAAAUCUGGGCACUGCUUGGCAUUAACAUACAGAGGACUGUAGGUCAAUGGAGGGUAGGUCAAGAGUAACUCAACAGCUGAUGUUUUGUGUGAGGGUGCCGGUAGUACAAUCUUGGAUUGAUCAAUGCCUUCUGAGCAGUUACCAAGCUCAUAUUGUCUUCCUUUUCUGAAGCAUGUCUUGGAGGGAGAACUGCAUGCAUAUCUUCUAGUUUAUUUGACUUGCUCACUCCCUGUCCCAUCAAAAGCUUGGAUCUUCCCUGUCCACCCCACCACACCCCCACCACCCCCAUUAUCUGACUUCAUUCCUUGUAGGUUACACUACACCAGCACCAUCACUACACCAGGGGGUCUGCUUUCCUCUGUUGUCAACCACUAUACCUUUCUUGUUCCUCUUGAUUCCUGCAGCUGACAUGGGGGGGAGUUUCCCCCCCCGAGUUGCAGUACUUUGCCUUUGCUGUUGUACUUAGACAUGGUCUUACAAGUAAAUGGUUGUGUUGGAUUGUUUUUGAGUGUAAUGGCAAAAUGCCUAAAUGUUGAGGUGUGGGUACACUUGCCACCCUAGGCCCUCUUUGUCAUAUCCCCUAUUAGGUUCCCCACGGACAUUCCAUCGUUACAAUAGCUCAGGCACUUAAGUAUUUUUGCCAGCUCCUGUAAUAUACUUUUUUUUUUUAGAAAACGCUGCCGUUUUGGACAGUAGCUAUCCCAACAUAACCAUCUGGAGUAUGUUCAUUUUCUUUCAUAGGACCAAUUUCAGUUGCAGCUUGGGAUUUUACAAAAAAAAUUGCUCCAAGUCAUUGUAAAGGGUGACUGCUCGCUUCAACCAUACACAGAAAUGUAAAACGCUAACUUUUUAAUACACUAUCAAAUAAACAGUAAUCUCAACGUGCUGCUGAAAUCAGUGUAAGAGUUGGACACAGCAGUCUCCUCAUUUGACAACCGUUCUGUUUCAAACUGUUUGAAAUGAAUUAUUGCAUUUGACCCUGUAAGCCCAGGCUGUGGAGAAAACUGUGGAAUAAAUUGCCUUGUGCUCUAGUUAUCCAAGAUGUGGAAUCAAGAAACUGUCUGUCAAAGCACGGUACUAAAUGUUAUGUCCAACUUAAUUUUAAGAAGGAAAAACCCUGAAAGUUAAACUAUAUACACUAAAUAAAUGGGAGAUGGUAUUGGUUGGAAUAAGAAAACUUUUGGUUGUCUUGUGGAAAACUUUAUACAAAAUCUAUGUAUCCUGUGCCAUAAUAUAGAUAUAAUCUGUUGCUAUUGUGAGAUGGAUUUUAACUGCUGCCCAGAAAAGUCACCCGAAUGGCACUUCCUUAGGGAUAUUUUAGUGCAAGCUCGAUGUUCAGGCCUUGUGGAAUAAUGUACAGAUUAAACAGAUCUUGUUGCUGAUUUUAUGUUCACUUCUUUCCCUGCACUUUUUCUUACAUCUGGGGUACAGUCUAACUCAUCUGAUUUAUUAUGCAUACAAAUGCCAUAAAUUGAUAAACCACCUUGUUUACAGACAGAUCAAAUAAAUUUAUUCCAACCAGA